GAUCGGAGGGAAACAGGAGCUGAUCUGCUGAAGGGAAUGAACACCGUCUCAAUUGGGUGGAACCUUAUUGGUGUCUCAAGACAGCUAGCAGAGGGCAUCUCAGAGGGUGUUUCACUGAGUGGGGCAAACCUGUUGGACAUGUGAAUGCGAGAUGAGUGGUGCUCGGGUGGGGUAGCUUUAACUACUACACCGCCGAGACCCCACCCAACCGCUCUGCUGCUGGAGUUGAGGUGUUUGCAGGUCAGUAUCUGCAGAUCCAAGAUCACAUGCUGCAACAUAACCAGAGACAUUCUGUGAUACAGAAUGAUCUCCUUUUGCAAGUCUCCUGUGCCUGGUGACCGUUUGCCUGCAAAUGUCUAAUUAAAAUUUAAGCAGGUCAUAAAACGGCUGAAAGUUAAGACUGAAUGUGAGAAUAUGGCGUCCAGAAGCUCCAGUACUCAGAAAAUACCUGCUGCUCUUCACAUGAACACGCCACGUAAACCAACACAAAAGAUUAUAGGCAAAAAACAAACUCAUCACUGCUCAGAGUGUGGAAAGAGUUUUACUAAACGGAGUAGUCUCCAAACACACCAGCGCAUUCACACAGGAGAGAAACCGUAUCAGUGCUCAGAGUGUGGAGAGAGUUUUAUUGUACAGAGUCAUCUCCGAAGACACCAGCGCAUUCACACAGGAGAGAAACCGUGUCGUUGUUCAGAGUGUGGGAAGAGGUUCAGUCAACAGAGUAAUCUCCGAAAACACCAGCGCGUUCACACAGGAGAGAAACCGUAUCAAUGCUCAGACUGUGGAAAAAGUUUUACUACACAGAAUAGUCUCCAACAACACCAGCGCAUUCACUCUGGAGAGAAGCCUUAUCACUGCUCAGAGUGUGAAAAGAGUUUUAGUUCACAGAGUAAUCUCCAACAACACGAGCGCAUUCACACAGGAGUGAAACCAUAUUACUGCUCUGACUGUGGAAAGAGUUUUACGACACAGAGUCAUCUUCAAAGACACCAGCUCAUUCACACAGGAGAGAAACUGUAUCACUGCUCAGUAUGUGGAAAGAAUUUUAGAGAAAUUGAUUCCCUCAAGAAUCACCAGCGCAUUCACACUGGAGAGAAACUGUAUCACUGUUCAGAGUGUGGAAAGAGUUUUAAUCAACAGUGUAGUCUCCGAAAACACCAGCGCAUUCACACAGGAGAGAAACUGUGUCACUGCUCAGACUGUGGGAAGAGUUUCAUUCAACAGAGUAAUCUUCGAAAACACCAGCGCAUUCACACAGGAGAGAAACUAUAUCACUGCUUAGAGUGUGGGAAGAGUUUCAAUCAACAGAGUAAUCUUCGAACACACCAGCGCAUUCACACAGGAGAGAAACCGUAUCACUGCUCAGAGUGUGGGAAGAGGUUCAGUCAACAAUGUAAACUCCUAAAUCACCAGCGCAUUCACACAGGAGAGAAACCGUAUCAAUGCUCAGAGUGUGGGAAGAGGUUCCGUCAACAGAGUGCUCUCAAAACUCACCAGCGCAUUCACACAGGAGAAAAACUGUAUCACUGCUUAGAGUGUGGAAAGAGUUUUAGAGAAAGUGGUGCCCUCAAGAGACACCAGCGCAUUCACACUGGAGAGAAACUGUAUCACUGCUUAGAGUGUGGAAAGAGUUUUAGAGAAAGUGGCUCCCUCAAGAAUCACCAGCGCAUUCACACAGGAGAAAAACUGUAUCACUGCUCAGAGUGUGGACAGAGUUUCAGUCAACAGAGUAAUCUCCUAAAUCACCAGCGCAUUCACACAGGAAAGAAACCGUAUCACUGCUCAGAGUGUGGACAGAGUUUCAGACAACAGAGUAAUCUUCGAAAUCACCAGCGCAUUCACACAGGAGAGAAACCGUGUCAAUGCUUGGAGUGUGGGAAGAGUUUUAGAGAAAUUGGUGCCCUCAAGAAACACCAGCGCAUUCACACAGGAGAGAAACCAUAUCAGUGCUCAGAGUGUGGAAAGAGUUUUAGAGAAAGUGGUGCUCUCAAGACUCACCAGCGCAUUCACACAGGAGAGAAACCGUAUCAGUGCUCAGAGUGUGGGAAGAGUUUCAGUCAACAGAGUAGCCUCCGAACGCACCAGCGCAUUCACACAGGAGAGAAACCGUAUCAGUGCUCAGAGUGUGGAAAGAGUUUUAGAUGUGGGAAAAGUUUUACUGCACAGGGUCAUCUCCAAAUGCACGAGCGCAUUCACACAGGAGAGAAACCGCAUCAGUGCUCAGACUGUGGGAAGACCUUUACUGCAUUGUAUAGUCUCAAAGCACACCAACGCAUUCACACAGGAGAGAAACCGUAUCACUGCUCAGAUUGUGGGAAGACUUUUACUGCACGGUAUAGUUUCAAAACACACCAACGCAUUCAUACAGGAGAGAAACCGUAUCACUGCUCAGAGUGUGGGAAGAGUUUUGGUCAACAUAGUAGUUUCCAAAUACACCAGCGCAUUCACACAGGAGAGAAACCGUAUUACUGCUCAGAGUGUGGAAAGAGUUUUACUACACAGAGUCAUCUCCAUGUACACCAGCGUAUUCACACAGGAGAGAAACCAUAUCACUGCUCAGAGUGUGGGAAGAGUUUUACUACACAGACUAAUCUCCAAAUACACCAGCGCAUUCACACAGGAGAGAAACCGUAUUACUGCUCAGAGUGUGGAAAGAGUUUCAGUCAACAAAGUACUCUCAAAGCACACCAGCGCAUCCACACAGGAGAGAAACCCUAUCAUUGCUCAGAGUGUGGAAAGAGUUUUGGUCAACGUAAAAGCUUCCAAAUGCACCAGCGCAUUCACACAGGAGAGAAACCCUAUCACUGCUCAGAGUGUGGAAAGAGUUUUGGUCAACGUAAAAGCUUCCAGAAACACCAACACAUUCACACAGAAGAGAAACCUCACCAAUGCUCAGAGUGUGGGAAGAGUUUUACUUCAAAGAGUGAUCUCCAAAGACACCAGCACAUUCACACAGGAGAGAAACCAUAUCACUGCUCAGCGUGUGGGAAGAAUUUUGCUCUACAGAGUAGUCUGCAACUACACCUGCGCAUUCACACAGGUGUAAAUCCUUAUCACUGCUUUGAGUGUGAACAGAGUUUUACAAGUCAGAGUCACCUCCGAAGACACCAACACACGCAUUCACACCUGAAAAAAAUCUUUAUCACUCCAUGGUGUGGAAAAAGCUUCUGGUUAUUUACAUUUUAAGAUGCACACAUGAUUUGAUGUCUUUCAAUGUACAAAAUACACAUAUGAUUUUGGGUUUAAUACCUGGGGCUCAAAUGAGAUUUUCAUAUAAUAUUAUUAAACAUAAAAGGGAUUAUAGGACAGUUAAGAAUUGACUUGGUCCUCCUUUUUAAAUCUUAAGUCAUUCCACAUAUAUAUCCACACAAACAUCCCAACCUUCUUCCAAGCAUGCGGCCUCUGAGUCAUUCAAGCAACUCAGAAAAAAAAAAUGCAACUACCAACUUUAAAUUUCUUCUUUUAACAACAAUGAAGAGCUUUGAAUAAGUUCCACAAGUUCUGCUGUACUGAGUGAGAUAAAACAGGGCCCAGACUGAAAUCUCCAUCUAAACUGCAUAGCGGUGAGUUGACUUAUACUGUUCUUGCUGAAUAACUAUCACUGAAAAAAGACAGAGAACUAGUUAUCAGACAGUUUUCACUUUCACUGAGAAUGUUUUGGUCAGGCUUAGGUGGAAAAGGUUAUUAGGGUCUGUGGGUGGAAAGUCUGACUGAUGAAAUUAUGCAUUUCAUUUUCACUUAUCCUGGUCUUAUGUCACUUGGGUUUAAAUCAAUAAAAUGGUUAUGAUGUUUAGUUCUACAUUGUUUGUUUAUUUUUAUUUUUUUUAUUUGGACUCUCCAAUUUGUGAAUGGCCUUAUUUCUUUUUUUGUGAAUUGUGUAUUUAGUAAAUUAACUAAAAAGCUUAAAUUUGCAUGCUCAUUUGGAGUUGUGGUUUGCAAGUUAUGUUGUGUAUUUGGCUUUGUAUGUAAACUAAAAUAA